AUGUAUGGAAUCGGUGCGCUUGUAUUUCUACUCUCCCUAGGGACGUCAUUUGCACAGAUCGGUAAUUAUACACACGCACAAAUCCUUGCAGGUAUGGAUAAAGUUUUCGAGUUGGUUGAUAUCAAUAACGAUACUUUCGUGGAACUUAGCGAACUGGAAGGGGCAUGGCUCUCAAUUGAUAGUAACCAUGACAACCAAGUGAGUGAAUAUGAGUACGAACAGAAAGGUGCCCAACAUGAAUUCCGUGGGAUAGUUUUCCGGGAAAUGGACUAUGAUGGAGACGGUUACGUGGGCCGCAGUGCCAUCAUGGGAGAAUACUCUGUGAUGGACACCAACGCCGACAACACUGUCAGCCGGUCUGAAUUCGACAAAUAUUAUGCGACGUUAUUGGAGAAUGCGUUCCAUCAUUAUGGAUACCUGUUAGGAUAG